AUGGGGUCCAAGGUCACAAUCGUGUAUGUGGCCCCUGCUCAUCACCAGCCUCUUCCCUUUCUGUCGCUCUUUCAUCUCUUCUUUCAACAUCCUCCCAUCCACAUCAACAAACCCGCUACAUAUCCCCGUGGAGACCACCGGUCCAUGUGGGGAAGUCCAGAUCCAAAUCUCGCGUGCCUGGACGGGCGACUUAUGGUUUCAGCUCCUUACGGACUUGUUUCUCUGGCUGGCAUUCUUGGCUCCAACGGCUACUACGACCAGGUUCGAAACCGGGCAUUGUUACAAACAUGUGGCGAUAUGACGAUAUCGACCUCCACAGGAACCAAGGAUAUCCCGGGCAAGAUCACGAUCAAUCGAGGAGGAAUGGAAUAUCAAUCGGGACAGACUUUGCGCAAGACGUAG